UGUACUUGAACGCAUCACUUGCUGGCUAUGCAAAGCGGACCGAAAGAUCAGGACUGCUUCAACUAAGCUUGUCAGACGGUAGGUCAGUAUGGAGCCCCUCCCGGACGCGGCAGCAGCGGCGACUGACCCACCGGCUCCAAACUUCUCCCAGGUGGUCUUCAUCGACAUCCCGCACUCAUACCCGCCGUCCAGCCCGAUCACCUGCCGCUUUACCCUCAGCACUGCCUUCCAGGCACAUCCCAGGGACUGGGUGGGGAUCUUUAAGGUGGGAUGGAGCUCAACAAAGGAUUAUCAUACAUUUGUUUGGGUUGAGGCAGUUCAUGAUCCUCGACAGACAGAAACAAGACAGGCUGUCUUUAAAGAGUACUACCUUCCUAAAGACGAGAUCGAGUUCUACCAGUUCUGUUACAUUGACAACUCGGGGCAGGUGCGAGGAGCCAGCACUCCCUUCUGUUUCAGAAAUCCAUCAGAGCAAAACGCAGAGAGCAUCGAGGAGGACGACCUGCUGGUUAUCACGACACAGGACCAAGUUGAAAAGAGUCGGCGGGAGAAAGCUGAGCUACAGGAACAGCUGGAGCAGAUGAGAGCAGAAAAUGAAGCCUUAAAAAGUGCUCUGCAGAAAGACAUGGGCAGCUUUAAGGAGCAGAAUGCUCAGCGAGAGGAGGAAAAGGCUAAGCUGGUCAAAGACAUGGAUCAGGUGAAGGAGCAGAAUGAAAAACUCAAGCAAACGCUGCAGAUGCAGAUGAAGGAGAACGACCGUUUAAAGGAGGAGAUGAUGAUCCAGAUGACCAAGGAGUUGGACAUACAGAGACAAAACUCUACAGAGCAGGAAAAAUCAAGUCUGUCUUUGAGAAGUAAUGAGGAGAGAUACGAUCGAGCUGUGAUGAAGAUCAAUCAGAUGAAAGAAGAGCGUGAGGAGCUGAAAGGGAAGAUUGUGGCACAGAGUGAUGAGAUUACAAAACUGAAAGCUAACCUCAGAGAAAAAGAACGAGAGUUGUCAAAAACCACGGAUUAUAUCCAGCUUCUGCAGGUUGAUCUUCAGAGUACCAACAAAGAGAAUGAACUGCUCUCUGCAGAGCAGCAAAAGCUGCUGGGCCUCAAAGGCAGCAUGGAUGAACUGAAAAGGGAAAACCUGGAAUUACGUACAAAGCUCUCACAACUAGAAUCACUGCAGAAUGCUCCUCAGGAUGAGCUCAGGGUGCAGUGUCAGACUCUCACUAGGGAGUUGCAGGAAGCGCUGACAAAGCUGGUGACGGAGCGGGAGGAGACGAGGGCCAUCAAGAGACGAGCUGAGCUCUCAGAAAGUGAGCUGCAAGAUGUGAAGGAGCAGCUGUCGGGUUUGGCCCAAAGCUGUGAUAUAGAGCAGCGUCAGAAAAGCAAAUAUGAGAUGCAGGUCAUGGAGAUGAAUGAAUUAUUAGCAGAUAGAAACAUCGCAAUUCAAGACAAAGAACAAGAGAUUUUGCUAAUCAAGCAGGAAAGAGAUGAGCUUAUUAGAGAAAACCAGGGGCUCAAGGGUGACGUGGAGAGGCUUCGCGCACUUUAUACAAACAGCCCAACCACAGCUGAGGAGCCAUCAUAUGUGGAGCCGGAGCUCCUCGUGCCAGGCGGUGAUGGUCUAGCCGGCCAAGACCAGCAGCACAGACCGGAUCGGCCUGACAACAUAUAUGAGACCAUAGAUAGCAUGCAAGUAGCGCAAGAAGAGCAGGUGAUGGUGUGCCGUCACUGCCAGGAGAGCUUCCCCGGCAUCACGCAGCAGGAGCUGGAGCAGCACGAGCAGAGUCACCGAGUGUGUCCGUUCUGCACGAUGAUCUGUGACACCAUGGAGCAGUCCGUGUUUGAAGAUCACGUCUACAGCCACGAGCUGUGAGAGCUGCAUCACCAAAAUGCUUUUUCUGAUUUUAUUUUUUUAGUGGUGGAAAAACUGACACUUUUUUUUGUAUCAUUUCCAAUAAUAAUAACCUGCAAAAAUUAUAAGCUAACAUGCAUUUAAGGGAGAUUGUAGACUUUUUGGUGGCAUGUUAAUGAAAAAGCAAUCGAGAUAAAGGAUAAUGGCAGAAAGAUAGUUGUAUAAACACAAAUAUUCUUAAUUAAGGGAUAGAAUAUAUUACUAAUCAAAGGUUUAUGAUUAGGGCUGAAACUGUUAAUUGGAUUAAUCGAUUGUUGUAAUAAUCCACUAAUUUAGUAAUUGUUUUAUCAUUAACUGGAGCAUACAUUAAAACGUUCUAUUAGCUGACAGAGCGACUCAUUUAGAGCACUAAUUAAACAAAA